AAGCUCUGACGUCACGGAUCCCACCUUUCCACGUGUGGCAUGAGGUCGCGCGGAAAGGUUUCAUCCUCCUCUAGUGCAUCAGUGCAGUGUCGUGUUGUUCUCUGUUCUCUGUCGCUUCCAACACGUUAACAGGUGGGACGAAAAGACAGCCACGAUUUGAACGGGGGAAGUUGAAACAAACACAUUGUCACCCAGGACGUUUUGGAGAAUACCUGCAAAAAUGUCUCGAACCCCGGAGGACGUGAACAAACUCACCGAGAGCACAUAUAAGAAUGUGAUGGAGCAGUUUAACCCAAGUCUGCGGAAUCUGGUUAACCUGGGGAAGAGCUACGACAAAGCAGUGACGGCAAUGACCUUUGCUGGAAAGGCAUAUUUCGAUGCACUCGCAAAGAUUGGGGAAAAUGCUGCCAUAUCGCCCGUUUCUAGGGAGAUGGGAGUGGUGUUAAUGGAGAUUUCAGAAGUGCAUAAGAAAGUCCAACUGGAGCUGGAGGAGUCUUGUAUGGAGACCAUCUCAUCCCGGCAGACAGACAUACAGAGGUUUAUUGCAGAAGGAUUUAAGGAAGCUCUGCUGGAAGAGAAAAGGAGGUUCUGCUUCCUAGUGGACAAACACUGUGCCUUCACCUAUCAGCUAACAGCCUUCCACGACAAGACCAAGGAAAUGCUGACCGUCAAACUGCCCAGCUGGCAAGAUAAGUGUACCGAUGCCACCAGGGUGCCCGACACCGUGAUAUCCAUGAUUGAGGGUCUGCGGACUCCAAUGUCAGUCAUACCAGAGUCCUCACCUACGUUGAAGCACAGUGACAGGACUAAUUCCGGUUCUAUUGUUCCACCACCGGCCCCAUCACUCAAAGCCCACACAAGCCCACUGGCCAGCAUGUUCUCCCAGGACGUUCCCAAAAACCCCAUCUCAUCAGAGCAGUACUCAGAUCAAGACAGCCUAGACGGAAACGGAUUGUCUAGGUCUACGUCUGUGUCUAGUGGCAUGGAUGUGGUGAAGAAGACCAGGGUGCAAACAAUCUUCCCCCAUACAGCAGGGAAUAAUGAGACCCUGCUGAGCUUUGAUGAUGGAGACAUCAUAACACUGCUUAUCCAAGAGGAGCGGGAUGGAUGGCUGUACGGAGAACUAGAACAUACUGGACAACGGGGCUGGUUUCCCUCAUCUUAUUGCCAGGCUUACAAUGACCCAGUGAUCGCAAACAGCAGAGUUGAGAGUCCAUUGCGCAGCCAGAGUGUGACUGAUCCAGAGCAGCCAGAGGAAGACGAGGAGGAGCCCGUGCUGCUGCCCCCGCCUGACUACAAUGACUCAUCCAGGGACAGACCCAUUAAGCCCUCCACCCCCUCUCCACAGAACACGGCGUCUUUGCCAAAUGGUCACUCAGUGCCGCCAUUCCUUGGGGGUGGGAAUCCAUUUGCCACGGUCAAACUACGGCCCACCAUGACAAAUGACAGAUCUGCACCAAACAUAUGAUGAGACUGCAUGCCGCCCGUGCCCUUAUGUGAAGUUGUGUCUCAGAGGUUUUGCCUAUAUUGAUGCAUUGCAGAUAUGGCAGAGGAACCAAAUGAAAGGGUUCUGUUACAUCAUCAAUUUUAAUCCUUAAAGUUUCUAAAAAUGAAAACCAGCAGAUUAAAAUUUACAGGAGGCAUUAUUUAUAAGAAUUUUAGACUUUGAUUAAAUUAUUAUUUUAAAUUGUAACUGGAUUCAUACACUUGAGUUUCCAAGAGAAUGCACAGCACCAAACAGGCUCUUGAAUAGCUAUUUUCUGACCAUAUUGGUCCUCUGUGUCUGGGGCCUUGUAAAGGUAAACCAAAAUCACAAAUGUAUAUUUUAAGGUUUGAGUACUGCAGCCCCUAUUUAGAAACAUGUCACAUAACCAGAUCAUAUUUCAUUUCAAAAUCCAGUGAAGUAGUGUGAGGUUUGCCAGUUGCCAACGUGUUCUGGGUUAGUAUGGAUUAAAUUUAGCCUUUUUUUUUGUUAUACAGUAUCAUAGUUUCAUUGUUUUAAAACGCUGAUGUAUUCCUUAUGCUUAACACCUUUUUCAUGUUUAAAGGAGGACCAUGUAAAGACACAUAGUUGAAUUGUUUAUUCCUCAUGUUAAAGAUGAGUGCAAUGUGUGGUGAUAACAUUCUUACUAGCUGCACAGUUGAAUGUUGGCUUUUUUGGCUUUAGCUGGACAUCAGAUCAAACUCAUGAGCAUUCUUCACUAUGUAAGAGAAAUCCUUGGGUCCUAGCUAAAUACAAGAUUUUUUUUUUUUAAUGAAGUCUUGUAUGGUUGUGUACACGUUAUGUCUUUGCAAGCAUGUUAUCAUGUAGGGGAAACGGUGUAUUCUUUAUUUUUAUUGAUUCAUUGCCCCUUUUCUUUUCAUACCACAUUACUCCGAAAUAAAGAUAUAUAUGUCUAUUUGAAA